AUGAAUGAAGCUCUCCAAAUAAUUGAUACAUCUGAAAUAUCCUCUAAUACUAAUAAUAUUGAAAUAAGUGAAAUAUUACAAGUAAAUGAUAUGUUCGAAAUAUCAUUUUCUAGUAUUAGAAAUAUUGAAAUAAGUAAAGUUUCACAUAUUAAAGAAACUUUUAAUAAUAACAAACAAAAUAAUAUAAUUGAAUCUGAACAUUAUAGUGAAUCUGAACAUUAUUAUUAUAGUGAACCUGAAUAUUAUAGUAAAUCUGAAUAUUAUAGUGAAUUUGAACAUUAUAGUGAACCUGAACAUAAUAGUAAAUCUGAAUCUAAAGAACCUGUGAUCAAAUGA